AUGAGCGGACCAAUCUAUUUAAGUAGUGCCAAUCCUUUUCCAAUUGUUUUCUUUCUUCUUUCAUUGUCUUUUUUCUUUCCGUCAUUCCCCGUUUUCAUUCAUAUAUUUGUAAUCUUUUCAUUUUCUUUCAUUCUUCCUGUCAUUUAUUUUUUCAUUCUCUUCUUCGUAAUCUUUCCUGUUUUACGUUCUUUUUCUUUUUAUCAUUUCCUAAAAAAUAUUUUUUCUGUUAUUUCCAUCCCAGAAUGCAAGAGUAAACCAGCUGACAUCGCCUUCAUUAUUGACGAUUCUCGAAGUAUCUAUGGACCCGAUUUCUACAAAGGCAUGGAAUUCAUACAAAGUUUUGUGGACAUUUUUCAAAUUGGUCCCCAAGAUGUUCGCAUCGCCGCCGUCACAUUCGGUGAGGUAGUGAUAACAUAUUCGGCUUUCGGGUUUGAAGCGAAUAGCAAUAAACAUGAAGUUCUUAAUGCUCUUGGCAGAAUCACAUUCGAACCUGAUUAUGGAGCUGCUUCAACUGCUGCUCCCACAACUACCACUACUCCUACGACUCCUACGACUACUCCCACUACGACUCCCACGACUACUCCCACUACGACUCCCACUACUACUCCUACGACGACGACUACCACGACGACGACAACACCUCCACCGAAGGCGGAACCAUGCGACGGACAGGAGAUCGACUUUAACUUUGUAUUCGACCCCGCUCAAAUGGGUACGAGUGGUACUGAAGAUACCAUUCGCUUCAUUAAAACUGUCGUGUCUGCUGAAGAUUUAAAUAAUGGUAAAGUACGCGUUGGCACCAUUACGGGACCCUGUCCAGACACAAAAGGUAUGUACGAAUUCUUUUGUUUCGAAUUCAGCGUAUCUAAUUUACCCUACAUUCUUGUGUAUAAACCAAUCAAAAAGACGACGCCAUUAUUUUAUGUCUGA